AUGCUCCUCGCUACGCCCCGGUUGCAUCCAGCGCAGAUCGUCAGAGCCGCUCGACCUAGAGAGGCAGCUCCGACGAUCGUUGUCUCAACACUUCAUGCACUCGCGUCGCAUCCGCCACCAGCGGUCGGCAGCGAACGGCCCACUGUGGCGACGUGGGCGGCUUUGCUCAUCGCUAUAGACACCCACCCGCUCGGGACUGGGGCGCUCGACGAAUUGUCGGUACCCCUACCCAGUGGUGCCCCAUCCACCCUCCCGCUCGGGGCUGCGGUGUCUGACUUUAUGUCGGCACCCCUACCCAGUGGGGCUCAACACCCUCCUCGCGCACGCCGCGUCGGACCCCGGGUAAACCCCUGGGAUCCGCGUGAGGGGCGGACAUCCUCAUGGACCGACGCCCUGCGUAACACCACCUCACAAAGGGUGUUGUCGAACAUUUACCGGGCACGCAGCGCCCGCGCGUCCGCGCAGACUCCAGGACCAUAUGUUCCUCCGGCGAGUGCGCUCGCUGCCCUCUCGAUUGCCGUACCCCGGGCCAAUGUGCCCCGUCGCGGGAGCGACGACACCUGCGACUUACGACCGGGCUCGACGUACGGGGCGGGUCUUCUCGGGCCGAAGCUGCACACCGCGGCAUACGCACCGAGCGACCUCGCGCCGCCAGCGUACAUCGCUCCACCCACUGUCUCUAUAUGGGUCUCUAUAUGCGUGCUUCAAGGCAAUCAACAACCACUGUGUGCCUCAAGAUUCUCGGGGUACGGGUCGGGUGGGCGCGACGCGGAGGAGCUUGGCCUCGCGCGCGCACCUGGCCCUGGCGCAGGCCUUUACGUGGCCCCCGAGAUAAGUACUCGUUGA